AUGAUCGAGGGCGCCGAGAUUAAGCUUUGUUUAUUGUUAACUCACCACCCUGCUCGAAGUUCUUCUCGUCUUCACCAUAUAUCCAUCUUUUGUGUACCACUGGCUGAGGAGAGUCUUCCCUUACGUGCUUCGCCGCAGCGCACAACACACCCCUUGCACAUUCUUUUAGGCCUCAUUUGGUUUCAAGGGAUCCCGGGGGGAUCCCCGCUGUUUCCCGGGGUUGGAGAACCACGGGCCAAGUUGGCCCAGGGAGAUUCAUCGCGUCAUUUGGACCGUGUCACUCGAGGGCUAACCCUGCCCGACCCACGUCCUUUCCUCGGGGAGGAAAGCCACGACCCGAGAGGUCGGGGAGGAAAUCCAUGGCUCGACAGAGGCGAGCGUACUCCAGCGUCGUCGACCAAGAUCCAGGGCCCCCGACCGCCUCCCAGCUCCUCCGCCGGCGACAGAAGUGACACUCCCGACCCCCUCCCUCCGGUGCUAAGGAUCCAACUCCGCUCCUCCAGCGACGGCGACGGACCGCGGUCGUCACCGUCUCCUUCCCCGGAUUUAACCUCCGCCUCGAAGCUCCAAUGCCCUCCGGCGACGGCGACGGCGUCAGGUCCGCGAACGUAUUCUAUCUCAUCUGAUCAAGGGCUUUCAACUCACUAUAGCAUCUUGAUCUUGUUGUCUUUAUUGGUCAUUGAGAAGAAAAAGAAAGUCAACAUGAAGCUGUUGGUACCUGAUGUCGAUGCGGAGUGGAGAAAAGACCUGAGUAGGGCUAGUGAUCUUCGCCUUGCAGUUCAUCUUGUUCGAAAGUAUCUCUGCCUCGGACAUGGCAAUUGAUAAUUUCAAUACAUUUUGUCGUGCACAAACUUGAACGAUGAUGGCACAUGAAAAUAGUUUAAGCCAACACUUGAUCGCAUUGAAACAUAGCCCGACCGAUAUUUGAACCUUGGUGAAUUGAUGGUUACCAGUUGGAAUAUUUCUUAAAAUUCUAGUUUACAUGAAUUUUGAAAUUUUGUAUGUUUUUUUUUGAAUUAUUUGUGGAUCAGAGCCCUUGUAUCUUAAUUGCUGUACUACAUCAUCAGGUGAUCUUAUUUGAGUUGUGUUU